GCACUUCCUCCCCCCUCCCACCCGGAAGCAAAGUCCUGGGCCGCAACAGCGGCUUUGUGGUUGGUUCUUGUUCUGGUGCAGCGCUGGCGCUAGUUUCGGACUCCUUCCGAGAAUGGAGAGCACGUGUGAGGAGAGGUCCGCGCACGAUGGGAGUGACGAGGGGGACUUUGAGUCCACUGAAGCCCCGGCCCGGAUCCGGGACACCCCGGAAGACAUCGUGCUGGAAGCUCCAGCCAGUGGGCUGGCGUUCCACCCAACCCGCGACCUGCUGGCGGCUGGGGACGUGGAUGGGGAUGUGUUCGUCUUUUCCUAUUCUUGCCAGGAGGGAGAAACUAAGGAACUCUGGUCCUCAGGUCACCACCUCAAGGCUUGCCGAGCUGUGGUCUUUUCUGAAGAUGGGCAGAAGCUUGUUACUGUUUCCAAGGAUAAAGCCAUCCAUGUCCUAGAUGUGGAGCAGGGCCGAUUAGAAAGACGUAUUUCCAAGGCUCAUGGUGCCCCCAUCAACAGCCUGCUACUGGUGGAUGAGAACGUUCUGGCUACUGGGGAUGACACAGGUGGUGUCCGGCUCUGGGACCAACGGAAGGAAGGUCCCUUAAUGGAUAUGCGGCAGCAUGAGGAAUACAUUGCAGACAUGGCUCUGGACCCAGCCAAGAAACUGCUGCUGACAGCCAGUGGUGAUGGCUGCCUUGGUGUCUUCAACAUUAAAAGACGCCGGUUUGAGUUACUCUCAGAGCCUCAGUCUGGGGACCUGACCUCUGUCACCCUCAUGAAAUGUGGGAAGAAGGUGGUCUGUGGCUCUAGUGAAGGUACCAUCUACCUCUUUAACUGGAAUGGUUUUGGGGCCACAAGUGACCGAUUUGCCCUGAGAGCUGAGUCUAUUGACUGCAUGGUUCCAGUCACCGAGAGUCUGCUGUGCACUGGGUCCACUGAUGGAAUCAUCAGGGCUGUGAACAUCCUGCCAAACCGGGUAAUGGGCAGUAUAGGUCAGCAUCCUGGGGAGCCUGUGGAGGAGCUGGCCCUUUCCCAUGGUGGCCACUUCCUGGCCAGUAGUGGCCAUGACCAGCACCUCAAGUUUUGGGACAUGGCCCAGCUCCGAACUGUGGUGGUGGAUGACUACCGUCGACGCAAGAAAAAAGGAGGGCCACUGCGUUCUCUGAGCAACAAGGCCUGGAGCAUUGAUGACUUCUUUGCAGGGCUGAGGGAAGGAGAGGAUUCUAAGGCUCCAGAAGAGGAGAGUGAGGAUGAGAGUGACUAAGGGGAUGAGAAGAAUCUGUUGGGUCAGAAAUUUUCAUUGAGCAUGAGCCUUGCUUCCUGAGAUGAAUUCCUAGCGAGGAUAUGAAAUUUUUAAUAUGCUCAUACAUGUUAAGCACAUACUCCACCACUGAGCUUAUAGCCCUGACCCCAAGAUAUGACUGUAUAACACCUGCAUAAGUCACACCAGAACUCUACAGAAGACGAGGAGUAUAUGCCCUGGAGCAGCUGCUCAAUCUGCCAGUGUAAGACAAACCCUCAAGUGUGUUAAAACAGCACAGACAUGUGUAUACUAACUAGAAGUUUAAUAUAAAUACAACCAGUAUAGAAAAGCUCAAAACCAUAUAUAAACCAAAAUCAGAAUGACAACUGGUGGGGUGGAAGGGCUCAGCCAGUCCCCUAAAUAAAAACAGAGAUUCAUGCUAAGCUUGGAGGUGAGGGAGAGGGGCAUUUGUUUUAUGUGUUACACGGGGAAUAGCCAAGAACAUUGGAGUCAGGUUAGAGCCUGGGUUCAGCAGGGGAGGGCAAGGUGCCUCACCACAAUUUAAGCCCAAUCUGAGCAGCUCUCAGAUGUUACUUGGGUCCUGCCCCGGUAGUGCUUCUGUUUCAGACCUGGGGCAGGGCCCAUACUCCCCUCUAGGUACCCAGGCCUGCUGGGCUGAGGGCUGACAGGCCUUGCCUAUUGCUCAGGCUGCCU